CAGCCCCGCCACGUGACCGGCCGGGGGUCACGGCCGCCCGGCAGGAGCGGCCUCGUCCCGUCCCGGGCGCUCCUGACGCGGGUCCCGGGCGCUCUCGCCCUGCUGGCGGCAAUGAGGGCGCUGCCCCCGCGCUGGGCAGCCCUGGCUGUGCGAGCGGCGGGCGGGCAGUGGGCGCCGCCCGUCCCCCACCGCGGUCGCAGCGGCCCCGGUCCUCCCCCGCCGCGGGAGUGGGCGCUGUCGGUGAGCCCGCGGGGGCGGCUGCGGGUGCGGCUUCCGUGCCAGGUGAGCGUCCGCCCGCUGGACCCGCAGCGCUGCCCGGGCGCGGACCGCGUCCUGGUGGCCGUGAGCGGCGGCAGCCCCGGGCGCCGCGGGCGGGAGCGGGACCCGGUGCGGGUGGAGCACGACGAGGCGCUGGGGCAGGUGGCGAUCGUGGCGGACAGCGUGGACAGCAAGACUGCCGUGGACGUCCGGACGCCGGUGAAGUUCGAUUUGGAUAUCAAAACAUCAGGGACUGGCUGUGUGAAGAUUCAGAAAAUAGAAUGCGAUAACUGCAAAAUAGAAACAGAGAAGGGGACUAGUGUCUUGCAGUCAAUAAAGAGCCAUAAAAUUGAUAUAAGGACAAAUGGUGGCAAAGUAAUUGGUCUUGGAACACUUUAUGGAAAUACAGAUAUUUGUGCAACAGAAAAGGGGAGUGUAAAUAUAGAGAAGCUGCAGGGGACAACCAUCAAUAUAUCUACUGAAGAUGGGCUGCUGAAAACUAAGUAUCUCUAUGCAGAAUCAGCAUCUCUCUCUUCAGAAUCUGGUGAUAUUAUGCUGGGAAGUGUUCAUGGUAAUACCAACCUUCAGACCAAAAAAGGGAGUAUCACAGUAGAUUCGUCAGAUGGAAGUCUAAAAGCUUCUACAUAUCAUGGGACAAUAGAUGUUUAUGUCAGUCAAUUAAGAAAAGUGGAUCUGAAAUCCCAGAAAGGUUCAAUUACAGUCAAGGUACCUGCAUCUCUCAAAGCCUAUCUAGAGCUGUCUGGAAGAAAAGUGGAUGUGAGCUCAGAGAUCCAGUUAAAAGAAACACAGAGUGCCUCCAAAGACGAUCAUGUAACUCUAAGUGGUCACAUGAAUCAAAGGGAUGAAACAGACAAAUGGAUUAAGGCUGACACACAAAAUGGCAAAGUGUGUCUUAAAAGCCAAAGCUGGAUCCAGUCUGUCAAGCUGAAGAGUUCUUAAAGGUGAAAUAAGCCAAAGAGAUUAAAUCAAGAAACCACAAGAAAGGAACAUUUCCGUAAAAUUAUGAAACUUUUUGGAUUAAUAUUCUUAAUAUAAAAGAGAAACUAUUAAAAAUUGAGAGCGUUUUAACCCAA